AUGUCGGCGAUCUACAAUCUCGAGCCGCAACCGACGGGAUCCGUUAUCAUCCACACCACCCGAGGCGAACUCUCGGUCGAGCUAUUCGCCAAACAAACACCAUUGACAUGUCGCAACUUCCUGCAAUUAGCCCUGGAUGGUUACUACGACAACACGAUAUUCCAUCGAUUGGUUCCUGGUUUCAUUCUACAAGGUGGUGAUCCCACUGGUACUGGCAACGGCGGAGAGUCGAUAUACGAUGGAGGCGCAUUCAGCGGCGACUUGGAUCCUUGGCCCAUGGAUCAGCGAAUGGGAAAGAAUGCAGGACCAACAGGAAUCAAUUUCAAGGAUGAAUUCCACUCCCGACUCAAAUUCAAUCGCCGAGGUCUACUUGGUUCCGCGAACGAGUCGCGUCCGGAUACAAACGGAAGUCAAUUCUUCUUUACUCUGGACAAGUCCGAGGAAUUGAACGGAAAGAACACCAUGUUUGGACGAAUUGCUGGCGAUACGAUUUACAACUUGGCCAAAAUGGGUGAGGCAGAGGUGGACGAAGCCACGGAGCGACCAACCUACCCAGUCAAGAUCGAGCGCAUAGAGAUCUUGGUAAACCCUUUCGAGGAUAUGAAGAAGCGAUCUCGGGUUGCCACUCAAGCACCGUCCAACCCAACUACUACCAAAGAUAAGAAGAAAAAGCGAAAAGGCGGGAAACAACUACUGAGCUUUGGGGACGAUGAAGGGGACGACGACAUGCCAGUGCUGAAGAAAAAGAAAUUUGAUACCAGGAUCGUUAUGGAAGCUCCGGAGGAAAAUGAUGUUCCCAGCAAGCCAACAAAAACCAAGACCAAAGACAAGAAAGACCCAGCAUCGGAAAAGCGAUCGUUGAUCACAGAUGAAGACAAAGAUAAGGACUCGGAUCAGGCCAUCCCCAGUGAGCCACCCAAGGAGGUUCGCCGAAAGCCAGCCCCACCUGUCAAGAUGGAGAUGGAGGACGAAUCACCGGAGCCGGAAGCCCCCCGUAAGACAGCAUUGGAGCGAGCCAACGAAGAAAUGGCUGCGCUCAAGGCGUCCAUGCGACGGAUGGUUCACUCAGACGAGCUUGUGAAGGAGAAGAAGAAGUCUACAUUGGAAUCCAUGAUUCCAGAGACAUCAGUCAAAGGAGCAAGAAAGCGAGGAAAGGCAAGCGAGGACCCUAAAAUGCUUCGUAGUAUACAAGCGUUCCAGUCAAGGCUGGGGAAGGCACCCCCGGAGAAAGAUAACGAACCGUCGGUCCGGGGAGCUGCCAAGGAAGAAGGAGACACGCAAGCUGCAGACGAAGAAGCUGAGUUGUGUGAUCUGCACUUCAUCGCAAAUUGCCAAAGCUGCACGUCAUGGGACAAACAAGAGAAGGAAGAGAGCGACGACGAGGGUUGGAUGUCGCAUUCUCUGAGCUUUGCCGCGGAUAAACUGGGUAAGGACCUAAACAACCGUAGAAAGGCGGAGGAAGAGCUCGUUGUGAUUGAUCCACGCGAGAAGGCUCGGACUCUCAAGGAUGAAAAGAAGGCGGCCAGGGAUGCGCGACAAGGGAAUUCGGGUCGAGCGUGGGAUCAAGCACGAGAUGCAGCAAGGAACGCCAAGAUGGCACAAGCCGCCUCGCUUGCAGGACGCGGAGCAAAAUGA